AAACCAGAACCACCAUUUCUUUAGAUCAUUAUGGCAAUGGAGGAUGAAAUCAAGAUCAUAUUCAAGAUAGGUCUUUCAGUCUUCGCAUCUCUAAGCUAUACCUACUUCAUAUCUUCUAAGAUCCCCCAAGGCAAACUCAGGUUCUUCUCCCUCCUUCCUAUCGUAUACCUCUUCUUCAUCCUCCCUCUAUAUUUAUCUACAGCCCUCCCCGCCGGAGUUAUUUCCUUGUUCGUCACCUGGAUUGGUACCUUCAAGCUCCUUCUCUUCUCCUUCGGGUCCGGCCCGCUUUCGUCUCAACCACCACCAAAGUCUCUCAUCCUCUUCAUCUUUCUUACUUGUUUUCCAAUCAAAACUCAAAGCUCAAACCAGAGAAACCCCGAUAAGUCGUCCCCAGAUUCAGGAAAACCACAGAAGCUGCCCUUAAAUCUGCCAACCAAAGUCGUCCUUUUUGCUAUUUUGGUGGCUCUCACCGACUACAAACAUUACUUGCAGCCCAAGGUUUUGAUAUUCCAGUAUGGCUGCAUGCUGUACCUCUUCGUGGACAUUAUCGUCGGCUCCUGCAACGUUCUGAUGAGAGCAACUCUUGGGUUCGAGCUGGAGUCACCGUCCGAAGAGCCAUACCUCUCUACUUCGCUGCAAGACUUUUGGGGCCGGAGGUGGAACCUCAUGAUAUCAAACCUUCUGCGCAGCACCAUACACAAACCCGUACGGUCAGCCGUGGAGGCUAUUGCAGGGCGCGAGUGGGCCCCACUUCCGGCCGUGUUGGCCGCCUUUUUGGUGUCGGGUCUAAUGCACGAGCUCAUAUACUACUACAUGACGAGGGUGACUCCCACGUGGGAGGUGACGCUGUUCUUCGUUCUCCAUGGAGUGUGUUUGGUGGUGGAGGUUGGUAUGAAGAAGAUUUUAACUCCAAAAUGGCGGUGGCAUUGGGCUGUCUCCGUCCCAAUGACACUCGGCUUCCUGAUGGUCACCGCCACUUGGUUAUUCUUCCCGCCGUUACUGAGGAAUGGGGUGGAUGUGAGGGCAAUCAAAGAGUGCAAGGAUUUAUUGGGAUUUAUUAAUGAAAAGUUAAAAUUGGAUCGUUUAGUUUCAUGGACGCCUAUUUCUCUGGAUGAUUAGAAUAAUAUAAUCUUGCGAGUUAAAAGAUCGAUCUCAUAGUUCACACAAAAAUGAAAACUUCAUUUGUAACAAAGUUAGUAUGGGAUAAAGCAACAUGUAAUUUGUAUCAUAUUUCACGUGAUGAUGAUGAAAUUUCAUGACACUAGCUCAUUUUAGCA